CUCGUGAUCUGCCCACUUUGGCCUCCCAAAGUGCUGGGAUUACAAGCGUGAGCUACCACGCCCGGCCAAUGUAGCUCUUUUUCAUAUCUUCAAGUGUCUCCACUGAAUUUUUGAACUUAGGAAAUAUAAUUAUAAUAGUCAUUUUAAUGUUCUGUCUGCUAAUUCUAACAUCCGUGUCAGUUUUGAUUGAUUUUUUUUUUUCCUCCUCAUCAGGGGUUAUAUUUCCUUGCUUUAUAUGUGCCUGGUAAUUUUUGAUUAGAUGCCAGACAUUGUGAAUUUUCCUUGUUGGAUACUGGCUAUUUUUGUAUUCUUGUAAAUAUUUUUGAACUUUGUUCUGGGAUGUGGUUAAGUUGUUUAGAAGCAGUUUGAUCCUUUUGGAAAGUCUUGCUUUGAAGAUUUGGAGGACUGAAAUAGUUGUACUUAGUCUAGAACUAAUUAUUCUCCAGGACAGAGAAAACACUCUUCUAUGUGCUCUCCUCGUUGCCUGGGGAAUCAUGAGGUUUUCCAGUCUGGAAAUAUUUUUUUCUGAUAUUUCUUCCCCAGUUUUGGGUAGUUGCCACACAUGUAUGCAUUGAUCAGCCCUCUGCUGAAUACUUGGGAGGAUUCUCUGUGGCUCUUUCUGCACCUCUCUUUUCUCUGAUACUUGGCCUUGCAAACUCUAGUUGCCUUGGUCUCCCUGGACUGUUAGCUCAAUUCACUCAAUGCAGGCAGUUCACUGAGCUCUGCCUGAGUUUUCCCUUUCCUCCAGACAUCUUGAGCUGGAAACUCUCUCAGGCAGUAAGCUGGAGGACUCAUAGGAUUUGUUUCAUUUGCCUUCCUUCUUCCAGGGAUCACUGCUCUUCAUUGACUGUUAUCCCAGUAUUGACAAUUAUUCUGUUACUCCAACUUCGCCAGAAAUGGAAGUGAUACAUUUUAUUCUUUCUGUCUGAAAUAAUCCUCCAUCCCUAAUGUUUAAAAACUGCCAUCCUUGACUCCAUGUGACUGGGUUAGGAGCCCUUUCUCUGGUCUCCCAUCAUACCUCUGCUUACAGUAACUUAGUGCAGCACUCCUCUCCCUGCAUUGUUCUUGCAUUUUUUUACCCUCCCUUUCCUCAUUAGAUUUUAUUUCCGUGAGGACAGAGAAUGUCUUUAAUCUCGGGAUUUCUAACACCUAACAUAGACUCAGGUGUGUAAGAGUUGCUCAAUAAGUACUUGUUGAAUGAAUGAAUGAAUGAACAAAUAGGAUUCAAUUUUCAAAGUAUCUGUUGUUGAACAACUUUCAGAAGUUUUUUUUUUUUUUUUUUUACAGAAAUGAGAUUAGAUAUGCAUCUUCAUAUAUGCAAUUGAAAUCUCUCUUAAAUUUCUAGAUAAUCAGUUUUUGUUGAUGGCUUGGACAUGGUUUUUACCUAUUUACUUUUUGUAGCCUCUCAUUAGAAGGUGUUAAUAAAAGCCACCUAGUUGAUGCUUCAAAUAACAUGUGGAAGUAAAGGGACCAAGAACAGAAUAGCCAUAUUCUAUAAAUAAACAAAAUAAAGGCUAACUUUUAGGUAUCUAUUUUAUGAUUGACCCUCAGGUGUGGUAUAUCGCAAGUCUGUAAGGAGAUUGUUCUUAUCUGAAGUGCCUUUUCCUUGUUGGACGUACUUGGAUGCCUUUUAUCCAGGUAGACUCAGAUGGUUUGCCAGUAGCUCUAUGGAUUUGGUAUUGGAAAACCUCAUUGUUCCCCAGGCAAUGGGGAGAGCACAUAGGAGAGUGUUUUCUCUGUCAUGGGGAAUAAAUAGCUAUGAGUCGGUGCAUUCUUACCAACUGGAGACAAUUGACAGUGGAUAUGUGCCACUAGAGUUAUGGUCAAGUGCAAGUUCAUACUAUAUUUGGAUCUUAAGAGUCGGUAGAAUGAACCAUAUUUGGUAAGCCUCUUAAGACUAUCUUGCUCCAUUUCCUCAGCAGCUCUUGGUGACUCUGGAGCCCCACCUCCAAGUCCCCAUCCUGCAUAGCUGGCCUGAUAGAAAUGGCUUGAGGUUCUUGUUCUUUUAGAUUCAGUGUUUUCAUCUGUGCAGUAGGAUGUAAGUAGGAUAAGAUGUAAUUUGUCAGGUUGCUAUGAGGAAUAAAUGAAGUAAUAAAUGGUAGUUGCCUACAGUUUCAGGCACAUGGGAACCCUCUCCCACCUCCCCCAAACUUAAUUGAAAAGAUAGCCAUCAGCCUCUGAAGUUGAAUUGUGCUGAGUGGUUACUAACAUUAAAGACAUAUGGAGUUAUUGUAUCUGUAUCUUUCGCUUAUCAGCUUUUCCUUGAAGGUUUAAUGUGUGUUCCUUUGCUUUUAGGCCACAUGCUUAUUUUCCUGAAAGGGGUCUUCUUGACUUAAAGCACAAUCUUUGCUUUUUUGUUCUUUUUUCACUGCUCUUGCCUGGUGAUCCAGUUGUUUAAAGACAUCUCCAUCCUUCCCUAUCCUUCCCCCUUUCAAAUCUAUGGCCCAGACUGGGGGUGGCUUUAACUAACACCACCACUCUGCAUUAGUUAAGUAGAGUGGAAUUUCUCAUUCUACCUCUCAGAUAUUGAUGAAACCUCUCCCUGAUGCACAAAUUAAGACUGAGUGUAUUUAGCAUAUUUUCCUAGAAUGACACAGUGAUUCUGUGGCUAAACCAAGAUUAGACCCUACCACUUUAAAAAAUCUGACUUUUUGCUUAAGGAGUAAACUGUGUUGCUUCUAAAACUACUAGUUGAAUUUAACUUUGAAGUGUACUUUGUAUUUAAAUCUGAUGAUAGUGUUGUUUUUCCUUUUGUCUUGUUUAGAUGAGGGUAUUUUCUUCAUUUCCCUGACCCCUAGUGCCUCAGUGACCUAGGCAGCAAGUUUGUUGAUGCUGUCCAGAAUGCUAAUUAAGAAACAGAGCUGUCAGUCAGUGCUGAAUUAGUGCCUACCUCAUCAUGGAACAUUUCAAGUGAACUCAACAAAGAUUCUUACCUGACCCUUGAUGAACCAAUGAAUAACAUCACCACAUCCCUGGGCCAGACAGCAGAACUGCACUGCAAAGUCUCUGGGAAUCCACCUCCCACCAUCCGCUGGUUCAAAAAUGAUGCUCCUGUGGUCCAGGAGCCCCGGAGGCUCUCCUUUCGAUCCACCAUCUAUGGCUCUCGGCUGCGGAUUAGAAACCUCGACACCACAGACACAGGCUACUUCCAGUGUGUGGCAACAAACGGCAAGGAGGUGGUUUCUUCCACUGGAGUCUUGUUUGUCAAGUUUGGCCCCCCUCCCACUGCAAGUCCAGGAUACUCGGAUGAGUAUGAAGAAGAUGGAUUCUGUCAGCCAUACAGAGGGAUUGCAUGUGCAAGAUUUAUUGGCAACCGCACCGUCUACAUGGAGUCUUUGCACAUGCAAGGGGAAAUAGAAAAUCAGAUCACAGCUGCCUUCACUAUGAUUGGCACUUCCAGUCACUUAUCUGAUAAGUGUUCUCAGUUCGCCAUUCCUUCCCUGUGCCACUAUGCCUUCCCGUACUGUGAUGAAACUUCAUCCGUCCCAAAGCCCCGUGACUUGUGUCGCGAUGAAUGUGAAAUCCUGGAAAAUGUCCUGUGUCAAACAGAGUACAUUUUUGCAAGAUCAAAUCCCAUGAUUCUGAUGAGGCUGAAACUGCCAAACUGUGAAGAUCUCCCCCAGCCAGAGAGCCCAGAAGCUGCAAACUGUAUCCGGAUUGGAAUUCCCAUGGCAGACCCUAUAAAUAAAAAUCACAAGUGUUAUAACAGCACAGGUGUGGACUACCGGGGGACCGUCAGCGUGACCAAAUCAGGGCGCCAGUGCCAGCCGUGGAAUUCCCAGUAUCCACACACACACACCUUCACCGCACUUCGUUUCCCAGAGCUGAAUGGAGGCCAUUCCUACUGCCGCAACCCAGGGAAUCAGAAGGAAGCUCCCUGGUGCUUCACCUUGGAUGAAAACUUUAAGUCUGAUCUGUGUGACAUCCCAGCUUGCGAUUCAAAGGAUUCCAAGGAGAAGAAUAAAAUGGAAAUCUUGUACAUACUCGUGCCAAGUGUUGCCAUUCCCCUGGCCAUUGCUUUACUCUUCUUCUUCAUUUGCGUCUGUCGCAAUAACCAGAAGUCAUCAUCACCACCAGUCCAGAGGCAACCAAAACACGUCAGAGGUCAAAAUGUAGAGAUGUCAAUGCUGAAUGCGUAUAAACCCAAGAGCAAGGCUAAAGAGCUGCCUCUUUCUGCUGUACGCUUUAUGGAAGAAUUGGGUGAAUGUGCCUUUGGAAAAAUCUAUAAAGGCCAUCUCUAUCUCCCAGGCAUGGACCAUGCUCAGCUGGUUGCUAUCAAGACCUUGAAAGAUUAUAACAAUCCCCAGCAAUGGACAGAAUUUCAACAAGAAGCCUCCCUAAUGGCAGAACUGCACCACCCCAAUAUUGUCUGCCUGCUAGGUGCCGUCACUCAGGAACAACCUGUGUGCAUGCUUUUUGAAUAUAUGAAUCAGGGGGAUCUCCAUGAGUUCCUCAUCAUGCGAUCCCCACACUCUGAUGUUGGCUGCAGUAGUGAUGAAGAUGGGACUGUGAAAUCCAGCCUGGACCAUGGAGAUUUUCUGCACAUUGCAAUUCAGAUUGCAGCCGGCAUGGAAUACCUGUCUAGUCACUUCUUUGUCCACAAGGAUCUUGCAGCUCGCAAUAUUUUAAUCGGAGAGCAACUUCAUGUAAAAAUUUCAGACUUGGGGCUUUCCAGAGAAAUUUACUCCGCUGAUUACUACAGAGUCCAGAGUAAGUCCUUGCUGCCCAUUCGCUGGAUGCCGCCUGAAGCCAUCAUGUAUGGCAAAUUCUCUUCCGAUUCAGAUAUCUGGUCCUUUGGGGUUGUCCUGUGGGAGAUUUUCAGUUUUGGACUCCAGCCAUAUUAUGGAUUCAGUAACCAGGAAGUGAUUGAGAUGGUGAGAAAACGGCAGCUCUUACCAUGCUCUGAAGACUGCCCACCCAGAAUGUACAGCCUCAUGACAGAGUGCUGGAAUGAGAUUCCUUCCAGGAGACCAAGAUUUAAAGAUAUUCACGUCCGGCUUCGGUCCUGGGAGGGGCUGUCAAGUCACACCAGCUCUACUACUCCUUCGGGGGGAAAUGCCACCACACAGACAACCUCCCUCAGUGCCAGCCCAGUGAGUAAUCUCAGUAACCCCAGAUAUCCUAAUUACAUAUUCCCGAGCCAGGGUAUUACACCACAGGGCCAGAUUGCUGGUUUCAUUGGCCCGCCAAUACCUCAGAACCAGCGAUUCAUUCCCAUCAAUGGAUACCCAAUACCUCCUGGAUAUGCAGCGUUUCCAGCUGCCCACUACCAGCCAACAGGUCCUCCCAGAGUGAUUCAGCACUGCCCGCCUCCCAAGAGUCGGUCCCCAAGCAGUGCCAGUGGGUCGACUAGCACUGGCCAUGUGACUAGCUUGCCCUCAUCAGGAUCCAAUCAGGAAGCAAAUAUUCCUUUACUACCACACAUGUCAAUUCCAAAUCAUCCUGGUGGAAUGGGUAUCACCGUUUUUGGCAACAAAUCUCAAAAACCGUACAAAAUUGAUGCAAAGCAAGCAUCUUUGCUAGGAGAUGCCAAUAUUCAUGGACACACCGAAUCUAUGAUUUCUGCAGAACUGUAAAAUGCACAACUUUUGUAAAUGUGGUAUACAGGACAAACUAGACGGCCGUAGAAAAGAUUUAUAUUCAAAUGUUUCUAUUAAAGUAAGGUUCUCAUUUAGCAGACAUCGCAACAAGUAUCUUCUGUGAAGUUUGACUGUGUCUUACCAAGCAGGACAGACACUAGGCCAGAAAAAAAAAAAACAUUGUGGGAUGUACACUCCAUUGGAGUGCAUGACAUGGCAUUGGGAUUGGAACAUGUGGUUUCAAGUACUGAAAACUGCACACCAGUGAAGAGAAAAAGAACCUUGUGAUUAAAUAUAAAACCAAAAGUCAAAUGGUGCUUUGUGUUUUAGCCUUCAGUCACCAUGACUGGUCUCUCCCCCAGAUGUAUAUAUACCAUAGCAUUUGUCUACCUGCUGUCUUUUCUUCAGGACGGAUGUUCAGGAAUUAUAUUGAUUCGGUUUAGACUCUGCGCAUGUUCUUAUGGAAAUGAUGUUCAGAAUCAAUGAAGAAACUUCAGGCCAAAUUUGAAACCCUGGAGGGAAAUGAGCCAUAAGACAAGUAUAACAAGCCCUGAAGCCUUCUAUGUCGUUGGGCUUCUUUGAGAAGGUGUAGAGUGUGCCUUUUUGUGAAUCCUCCUCUGAUCAUGAGGGUCUUUCCCAGAUUUUCUCACAGUGUGCUUACACUGCCCUUGGAAUAACACAGGGCAUCAGACCAUAAAAAGGCUAGAUGUGGAUGUUAGAAUUGAUUGUUGGUUGAUAGUUCACUUUGCUGGAUUAGGAAUGAGGCGCCAAAGGAAGCACAGCCAGGAAAAUGGCCCCACAGCCUAGAUCAGUUUCUGUGGGAAAGGAAAAAGGGUUCCCAUGGGGACAGCCCCCAAAGGAGUUUUCUGGAACCAGUAACACUGAAAAAUAAGUGUGUGGCUACAGAUGAGCACACCCACCCCUUGCAACUCCCUGUUUACAAGUUGUCCAAGGCAUUGGGGUGCUUAUGGUCAAUGGACUCUAGGGAAGUAGGAAACUCCAUCAUGAUACCAAUGUCUAGUAAUUUUUAAGUUUCUCUCCCUUUUUUUCUGUGCUGGUAAUGAUCACAGAUUUGAUUCCCGCCCCAAGAAUUACAACAAUUUAUUCAUACAGUUAGUUGGAAUCCAAAGGCAAUUAAUUCUAUUUUGCAAAAUAUGAUGGUCUUCCUAAAAAGCAAGUACUGAGUUCUCAUUUCAAAAGUUACCAAGAACUGAAUUCUUUAAACUAGCAAACAGAAGCAACAUGACCAUUUUUGCCUUAGUGGGAGGUUUCAGAUGUGCAGCUUGUGGCAUUUACCUGCCAACCAUCUUUUGCCAAGUUUAGAAUUCUUACGCGUUUCAAGUUCUAUAUAGAAAGUAAUUUUACUUUUGAUUUUUUUCUUGUUAAAAAAAACCCUCCUUUGUUCUAAGAACAGUGUCUCAAAGUCUCAUUUUUACUUUAAAGGUAUAAGAGACUUGUAAAGAGACUUACAGGAUAUAAAAGUAAUUCCCAGAAAUGAUAUUUGAUGAGGAGAAUAUAAGAGAAUUAAAAACACAUUGAUGUUUUCAUUUUUACAAAAUACAACUUGCAUGAGAAAUCAAGAAAAUAUGUUUACCAAAAUGCAUUGCAAUUUUCCCAAACCUGAGUCUUCAAAUAACAAACAUGAACUUACAGGUACUGUGAACUCGAAGAAUUGGCUAUAUCCAGAUUUCUGGGAGAUAAAUUAAGACCUAUUUUUGUGGCAUAAAUAAGCUGAUUCAGAAGUUACGUUUCUUAACUUUAGGUAGAGGAGAAUAUUUGUAUCCUUUUGUUGCUAUGCAACUGUUUAAUGAUGAAGCGUCAAACCACAAUUUUGUAUAUCAUAUGACAAUCAAUUGUUUUCCAAGAAUAUUUAUUAUUUUAAGUACACAAUUUCAGUGAAUCUGAGUUUUUCUAGAAGUCCCUUAAAGGGAAAUUAGCAUUCCAUGAGCCAGUAAAAUACCUACUCUGGUAAAACAUUAUUAUGGUUAAAAAGUAAAUUCAAGUUAGUUUUUUAUAAAGAACUAUAACAUUUAUUGUAAACAUUUUAUAAUAACUGAAAACAUUAAAGUGAGCAAAUGAAAUUUCAAAACCACUUGUAAUAAUGUAUUUUAUAAUCGCACUGUGAUACUAUAUAACACAGUCUCUUUUGUAUUAAAAUAGUAUUUUUUUCACAAACUGAAAAAUAUCUUUUCCUUUGCCGACAAUGUUUUGUAAGAUGACUUUGUUUUCAGAUCUUUUUCUCUUUUUUUGCACAAAACUAUGCUUAUGGUUUGUGUCACAGAAGUGAAAAUAUAUCUUUGCAUUUUUAUAUCUGGUCUGUUUUUCUUGUUUCCUUUGUUUUUAACUUGAUAUAGAUUUUCUUCAAAUAUAUAACGGCAAUUUUCAGAUAUCUCACCCUACCAUAUCUUUCCUUAUUUUCACUGCAUGCAUUUAAUCACUGUAUUACUUAAUGUUUGAUUUGUUAUUAUGGGCAUUUCAAAUAGACAAACAUUGAAUUGUAAUGACAAAAAGGCUAUUUUAUAUUAAGGAUAUAUGCAUUUGUAUUUCACACACCAGAGAUGAUAUUAAACACUGAUUAUUUUAUGCUGCUGUUUAUUAAAAAUGUUUACUAUAAAA